UUGUCUGUCACAGCACUGCGCGUAUGUCACGUUUUCCUGGCAGUUAGGAGUUAAAUCUUUCAGCUGGCUAAAGACUAAGAGCCGCAGAGCCUCUCAUUAAGUUAGCGAGAAGAGAAGUUCCAGGCCUGCUUAGCGAACGCUAACAGGCUAACAGGCUCCACAGCCCUACUGCUUCUCCCGUCAGUCAGGAAGCGUUACUUAACGUCAGAUGACUUGUGUGGCACCACUGAAAAAUUCUACUUCAACUUAGCUCUAACAGGUUGAGGGAUGAGCCACUCCUCUGGGAUUGGCCACCAUGUGCAGGAAGAGACUGAUGGGACAGACACUCCUGACUCUCCAGAGGCCUGCGAUUGGACAGCCGCUAAUGGCUCCACCUCUCAGGUGCAGAAGUGUCGAGAUGGAGUAGCUUGCCCGGAGCAAGACACACAGGAAGGAACUCCUGAGACACGCAUACACUCGCCCCACAGCAUGGACUCUACGUGCAGACACGCACACAUAAACUCAGCGCCUCACACUAACACACACGCCUGCAAAGGUGGCCCUACACACACAGACGAACACACAUCUCACUCACAACCAGUAACCAAAGACAGUCCAUACAUGGAAACUGCCAACACGCCACACAAACAACCCAGUGAUGGGUGGGGAGGAGUGGAGGAGAAGGAGGUCAGAAACCAGAAUGAUGAAAGAGAUGAUGAGGAAGUGGAAAACAGUGAGGAGAAUCAGCAGACAGCAGACUUUACUGUGCAGCCAGUAAAAGAGACCACCACUGAAGACUCAACCACUUCCCAAACUCCACCUACAGAACCAGUCAACUGUAACUUUUACGAUAAUGGCCAUUUGUCUGCUUCCACGCCUCCUGACCAGGCCCCGCCCCUGGUCCCAGCUCCUCCCCCGAGCUCAGUCCCUCCUCCCGUGCUGCCAGCACCUGAUGAUUGGCCACGGCCAGCUCAUGUGAUGGCAGAAGUGCGGGUGCGUUCUGCUCCUGGACGGGAGCGGGUGGUGCGGGGAAUGCAGGACAGUAAGAGUCUGGACGGCAUCAGUGAGGCGUGUGGAGGUGGCACGCGGGCUGCGGCAGGCGAGGGCCGCAGGGCUACUAUCUCCAGCGCUCUGGAACUGGAGGGCACAGUGAGCCAUGACGGAGAUCUCACCCACUUCAUCACCAAGAACUUGGAGCAGAAAAUCAAAAUGAGUUCACGCCCCAGCCUUGACACCGACUCGGACUGCUCAGGCCCAGUGGUGCGAGGCCGUGGUUCAUUGCGUCGGCCAGCUGACAUCCCGCCCAUAGACCCCAGUGUGCUGCUGGACCUGCACAAACACACACAGGAGGUUGCACACAGCGUGGAGAUGAUGCUCCGCAGUCUCAAUGGAACUAUCCAGAAUAUGACAGCAUUGAGUGUGGGGUAUAUUCAGACAUAUCGAGACUCUGUGGACAGUUUGGGGGAGUCAGUAGAUAUGAGCAUAAAGGGAAUGUACACACUGAUGGCACGUUGUGAGGAACUGGAUCGCUCCAUGCAGCCCAUCCAGACUCUCGCGGCUCAGAUCAGAGACAUCAAACGCACGCUGGACGCUCUGGAAGCCAUCUGCAAGUAAUAUACAUGAGCACGACUUCGCCCUGUAGCUCCAGGAGAUGCUCUGCGACAACUCCGCCCUCUGCUAAUUAUCACGCGACCGAAUCACUUUGCUAAUGAUCAUGUCUCCUAGAAACGCUCCGUGAGCGCUGCGCUCCUACUUUCUAACAGCUCUCAAUGGCAAUGAUCCUCUUGUUGUGGCUCCGCCCCUUUAGAAUAAUUGGAAAGAGAAAUGGACUCCAGUCAGUGAGCUCACACCGUCCAACAGAUUGAUGUCACGACCACAAGAAGGCACGCUCUCUCUCUCUCUCUCUCUCUCUUUCUCCCUCUUUCUCCCUCUAUCUCCCUCUCCCUCCCUCUCUGAACACAUGGUACUGGGAUUAUUUAUUUUAUGUGUGUGUGUGUUUUGAGAGAUGAGUUGGUGAUGGCAUUGAAGACCUUAAAUUAGGUCAGAUGUGUCACAUCUGUAUUUGUCACUAUGGAAACAUGUUCUAGAAGCCAUUCUCCGUUUGUUUUCUUCUCCCUCUGGCUGUUUGUGUGUCUGCAGAUUGGAUGCUAUGUAUCCCCUGUUUCCACCGUGACUACUGAUCAAUUCUAACACAUGUGACCUAUUAAUCGUCCUGAGAGCUUUGGACCUUCUGUUGCCACGGUGACAGUCACGAGGGAUGUUAGCACAGAGGCUAAACUUGCUGUCAUUUUGAAACGAACCCUCAGACUGAAGAAGGGCAUGUGAGUAAAAUGAGAGAAAAAAUGGACAGAGGCAUUGAAGAGGAGUGCGGGUCAGUCCCUGAUCGCCAGCCCUUGUCUGUCUCGUUCCGUGUCUGCUUCCAAUACGCCAAUUUAUUAAACUGUCUGGCAUAUGUGUAUGUUUUAAAGAAUGCAAUAUAACAAUAAAUUUACUAGAAUUA